AUGAAUAGGUUUCUCAAAGAUCUAAUGAAAAAUGAUUUUCUUUUUGGUAAUAAAGUUAUCAUUUUAGGUGGUGCUUAUAAACAAAUUCUUCCAGUUGUGAAACAUAAAGCAUCCACCGCUUCUUUAAAUUUGUGUCUGUUUAAUUCUACUUUGUUUCCUUCCUUUAAAUUAUUUAAUUUGGUCCAAAAUAGAAGAUUGAUGAAUGAUACAACAGGUUAUGUUGACUGGGUAGAAAAGGUUGGUGGUGGUGAUACUUCAGUGUGUGCCUCUUCAGCUUCUCAGCCUUUCAGAUUCUUGGUUCCUCUUUCUGGAAAUUUAUUGAAUAAUGUUGUUUUCUCUCAAGUUGACUUGAUAAAAAAUGUCUUUGGUGAAUCUUUCCCUUAUUCAAGUGAUACCAAUCAAUUAAUAGAUUUGUUUAAGGAAAAUAUUUUACUUGCUGCAACUAACAAGGCUGUUAAUGAGUUAAAUGGUUUAAUUUUAUCUUCUUUGUUUAAUCCUAAUAUGCCAAUGGGUUCUUUGAUUGCUGUUAAUGAAGUUUCAAAAGGUCCUUCGGAUCAUCAAAAAUUAAAUUAUACACCAGAUAAUCUGGCAAACAUUGAUAUCGAAGGUUUCUCUGAUAGUGUUAUAUUAUAA